CCCGCCACGUCGGUUGGCGCGCCGCGGCGGCGCUGGGCCAUGGCGUUCACGCUGUACUCGCUGCUGCAGGCCGCGCUGCUCUUCGUCAACGCCGUGGCCGUGCUGCAUGAGGAGCGCUUCCUCCGUCACGUUGGCUGGGGAAGCGAUCAAGGGAUUGGAGGAUUUGGAGAGGAACCAGGAAUUAAAGCUCAGCUAACGAACCUCAUUCGAUCUGUACGAACUGUAAUGAGAGUGCCACUCAUAGCAGUGAACUCCAUUACAAUCGUUCUCCUCCUGUUGUUUGGUUGAAGACACCUGGGGAAAAACAUUUUGGAUGGCCAAAGAAGCAAGUUAUGAACCAUCACCACUGAGUUUUUGGGGAUCUGGCACCGUUUAGCUGUCAAUCUGACAUUCAACUUAACAUAAUAAAGACACUAUUUCUAUUUAUCCUAUUUCCUAAUUGCAGUUUCAUUACACAAGAUACGGGGAUCAAUGCAACAACACUGCAAAUAUGUUGGACUAUGACAAGUUCUGUUGCUGCCUGUUCAUAGCGCUGGCUGUUGGUGUGCACACCGGGUGUUGCCGCGGUUGUUGAUCAUAUGCGGUUUUUAAAUGUCUCAUUCCUCAGGGAUGAAUUUCCUUUAUUAUCCUUUACAAUUUGUUGUUAAAUUAAAAAAAAAAAAGUGGGUUUUAUCCCACUUGCUACUGCAGUACUGUUCAAGAGAAUGCGAAUUAGGCUCUGAAAACAUUAUAAGUUACUGAGGUCCAAUUGUGAUACUGAGAGAUCGAAUGUUAUAAAUUCUGAAUUCCAGUUUUAUCCCCCUCAAUAUUACAAUAUGGUAUAAAUUAGUGAAGUUCAGUUGUGAUACAGAGAGAUUUAUGUUAUUGAGAUAAAGCAUGUAAUAGAUUACUGAAUUCCAGCUGUGAUGUUAAGAGGAGAUCAAACAUGUUACACAUUUCUGAAUUCCAGUUGUGAUAUUGAGAACAGGUCAAACUGGGUAAAAUCCUAAUUCAGUUUACAUUGGAAAUCGAAUUUUCCUGGUUUUAGUGUGAGGUGUCCCUGCCCAUGGCAGCGGGGUUGGAAGCAGAUGAUCUUAAAGUCCGUUCCAACCCUAACUAGUCUAUGAUCCUAUGAUUGAGACCAGAAUUUUCCCUCUGUGUUUCAUAACGUUUUCAAACCAGUAAUGGUGGCAAAGUAAGUUGAAAUUGCGUGCAAUUGCUAUGCAAAACCUAAAAAAGCUGUACCUGGAGCUGGGUUACUGUGCUGAUUUAGACUAGCGAGUGAUAUUAGUGACUAGUGUUUGUUACUGCUCUGUUAAGGAUUAUUAUACAUUUCUUAAAAUGCGUGUUAAAAAUUGUUUGUGAUGAAUAGUGUGCUGGAAGUGGAGAACCAUUUGUAUUCUGAGCUUCUUGGGAGGGGAAUACUGUGCCCCUUUCCAAUUCAAUUUUCAUUUAAAACCAGCAUAUUUGCAGCUUCUUCUGUUACUGCUGCUUCUUCCCUGCCCUCCAUCUUCAUUAAAGAACAACUUGGAAGUUGAAACUGAGUAUGACCUGGCAGUUCUGUCGAAGAAACACUGCUAACUGCUUUGGUACAGACCUUGUCUGAGUUAAGCCUAUGAAGUUAGGUCCAGUGUUACAUAGGAAGUGUGAAAUUAAGAAGGCCAAUUCUCAUGUACUUUUUCAGAAAAGCUAGAAGUCUUACAUCUGUUCCUGUGCUGAUGUGUUUUAGCUAUUGUAAAGCCGUUUAUCAUCUCUUCUUCCGGCGCCUUGAUGACUAAAGCAUAUGCUCUUUGUAUACAAAGAUAAAUCUGUGAAAUGUGUAAAUGAUCUUCAAUCUCAGUGAUCUGCAGAGUAAAGAUUAUCCAGGAGGAGAGGUUUAUGUUGUUUCCUGUUUUUAGUGAAAACUUGUCAAUAAAUUGUGAAUUUCUAAAUUAA